UUCACAGGCACAGACUGGCUGGCAAAGCUAACACGCACUGCUGAAAGGAAAACAGAGAGGAGAGAAUCUUGGAAGAAAAGUGGCCAUGAACCUGAUUCCAAGUUUUUCCACAGAAACCUGGGUCCUCCUGGCUACCAGCCUGGUGCUUCUCUAUCUAUAUGGAACCUAUACACAUGGACUUUUUAAGAAGCUGGGAAUUCCUGGGCCGACACCCCUGCCUUUUUUUGGAACUCUUCUGCACUACCGUAAGGGUUUUGGAAAUUUUGACAUGGACUGUUUUAAAAAGUAUGGAAAUAUGUGGGGGUUCUAUGAUGGUCAGCAGCCUAUGUUGGCGAUCACCGAUCCAGACAUGAUCAAAGCAGUCCUGGUGAAAGAAUGUUAUACUGUCUUCACAAAUCGGCGGAUGCUUAAUGCAGCGGGAUUUAUGAAAAAUGCCAUAUCUCUGGCUGAGGAUGACACUUGGAAGAGAAUACGAACAUUGCUAUCUCCAACCUUCACCAGUGGAAAGCUGAAGGAGAUGUUCCCCAUCAUUGGCCAGUAUGGAGAUGUGCUGGUGAGGAACCUGAGAAAGGAAGCAGAGAGAGGCAAACCCAUCAACUUGAAAGACAUCUUUGGGGCCUACAGCAUGGAUGUGAUUACUAGUACAUCAUUUGGAGUGAACAUCGAUUCCCUCAACAACCCACAAGAUCCCUUUGUGGAAAAUAUCAAGAAGCUCACAGAAUUUAAUUUCUUGGCGCCAUUCACUCUCUGCAUAACACUCUUUCCAUUCCUUGGCCCUGUUUUUGAAGUAUUUAAUAUUACGUUAUUUCCAAAAAGUGCUACUGAUUUUUUAAAAAAAUCUGUAGAAAGGAUGAAAAAAAGUCGCCUCCAAGAUCAACAAAAGCACCGAGUGGAUUUUUUUCAACUGAUGAUUAACUCCCAGAAUUCCAAAGAAGCGGGUUCCCAUAAAGCUCUGUCUGAUCUGGAGCUCAUUGCCCAGUCUAUUAUCUUUAUUUUUGCUGGCUACGAGACCACUAGUACUUCUCUCUCCUUCCUUAUGUAUUUGCUGGCCACUCACCCUGAUGUGCAACAGAAACUGCAAGAGGAGAUUGAUGCAACAUUUCCCAAUAAGGCACCUCCCACCUAUAAUGCCGUGGUGCAGAUGGAGUAUCUUGACAUGGUGUUGAGUGAAUCUCUCAGAUUAUUCCCAGUUGCUGGUAGAAUUGAGAGGGUCUGUAAGAAGGAUGUGGAAAUCAAUGGAGUGUUCAUUCCCAAAGGGACAGUGGUGAUGGUGCCAAGCUUUGUUAUUCACCGAGACCCAGUGCACUGGUCAGAGCCUGAGGAGUUCCGUCCUGAAAGGUUCAGUAAGAACAAGGACAGCAUGAAUCCUUACAUAUACCUGCCCUUUGGAAGUGGACCCCGAAACUGCAUUGGAAUGAGGUUUGCCCUCAUGAACAUGAAAGUUGCUGUUAUCAGAAUUCUGCAGAACUUCUCCUUCAAGCCUUGCAAAGAAACACAGAUCCCUGUGAAAUUAAUGUCUCAAGGAUUUAUUGAACCAGAAAAACCCAUUGUUCUAAUGGCUGAGUUGAGAGAUGGGACUGUAACUAGAGCCUGACUUUCCCUAAGAAUUUACUUUGUUCUUCAAGGAAGCUGCAUCCUCCAACACCAGAGAUCUCAAUGUGCUUUGUGAAUAAGUCCCUGAAAUAAAGAUGAAC